AUGGAGCACCCCCAGGACGCUUACUCUUUCUACGGCACAGACGGCCACGAACAGCAAUACUAUCCAACAACCCAAGUGAGCCCUUACCAUCAAGUCCAUCCCCAGCAGCCGCGCCACCAUCAGCUUGACAUUCAGCCGCAAUUCCACACUUAUUCAUACUACUCACAACAAACUCAACCGCCCUCACCGCAUGUCGAGCCUUCUCCACCGCCCUCUCCAGAGCAGAUGUAUUCCGACGGCCCAAUCUCGCCACAACUUUCCGGUUCCGACACUUCUGGAGACGGUAUUUACUCUCCGCAGGCCUCUCCCACUUCUUCGCGUGCAAACAGUCUCGUCCAGCGCCAUGGUCGUCCCUAUGACCCAACCCCCUCACCAACUGGGUCCCUUUCGCGACGAAGACGCGGUCGAAGUCACGGGGACUCUGAUGACGAAGAUUUAGGAUACGGCUACCAGGAGAACGUCGCCACAACCCGCAAGGAGGCCACCAGACAACAGCGAAUCCAAGCCGAACAACGCCGCCGCGACGAACUUCGUGACGGUUACGCCAAACUGAAGGAUGUACUUCCAGUGUCUAACCAGAAGAGCAGCAAGGUCUCGCUGCUUGACCGAGCUACCAACCACAUCACUGCACUCGAGCUCGAGAACAAGAAUCUGAGCGAGCGCAUCGCGUCACUUGAAGAGGAAAUUCGUCGCAUCUCUGCCUUGAACGCCAAAUUCUCUGGUGGCUCCCUUGACACGCCUUCACCUGGCAUGUAUGAGCGGCCACUUUCUCCCCCUCCCGAGGUCGCUACCCCUAUGAUUUUGCCAGUCGUUUCUUCUCUCGCUGGCGCGACAGGCGACGGCUCGACGGCAUCCACACCUUCCGACAAUGGGUAUUGA